UAUGAGGCUAACUGUUGUUCCCUAAGACCUUCUGGAACAGUGUAGCUGCAUCCGUCCGACGUUCAACAUGCCGAACUGCCCCAAGUGCGAAAAGCCUGUCUACUUUGCCGAAAGAAAGUCUUCUCUCGGCAAAGACUGGCACGCUGCCUGCUUAAGAUGUGAAAAGUGCAACAAGACUCUGGUUCCAGGAGGUCACUCUGAACAUGUCGGAAAGCCGUAUUGCAAUCAGCCAUGCUACAGCGCGCUUUUCGGACCCGGAGGAUUUGGAAGGGGUGGUUCUGAAAGUUACGUUUACAAUUAAAGUAUUACAUAUGGUAAAGUAUUUAUUUGUUGGUUUAAGCUAUUACGUACCUUGAUUAUCAUCGCUCAUUCCACCGAUCCUGAUCGAAACAACAUUUUACACGAUGAAAUUUUGAAUUUUAUUAAAUAAAAGAUAUGUUAUUUUUGUU